CAAGUCGUGCGUAUCGUGUAGGAAAGAGAAGAAGGUAGGGCGCUCGCGAACGGCGGCUGGCGAAGGGCGGGCGAGGGCUCCAGCCAGUCACUCUUGGACGGCCCGCGAGCUCGCUCGCGCCCGCGCGCCCUUCGCCCGCCCAGCGACUUGCCGCGAGAUUCAAACUGCCGCGGCGAUGUGAUAGCGCCGACAUGAUGCCCUUCAGAAUAAUGUUCCGAAUGAUCCAAAUUGUACUUUUGGUGCUAGUUAUCUUGUACUUUAACUCAGUCAUGAGCGGUCAAGUGAGAGAAAAAGAUAAAGGGGAAAAAGUACCCAUAGGUGUGGUGUUUGACCAAAACACAGAAGAGAUCCAGAACGCGUUCAAAUUCGCGAUAAUGCAGCAUUCCACGCUCAACAAGACUUCGAAGUUAGACUUCCAGUUGUACGUGGACGUUAUCAACACCGCGGAUGCUUUUAAACUCUCAAGGCUCAUCUGCAACCAGUUCGCCCGCGGCGUCAUCGCAUUCCUGGGUGCGGUCACCCCGGACUCCUUCGACACUUUGCAUUCGUACACCAACACCUUCCAGAUGCCUUUUGUCACGCCCUGGUUCCCUGAAAAGGUUAUUCCACCGUCGUCUGGGCUCAUCGACUACGCCGUGAGCAUGCGUCCCGAUUAUCACCGCGCCGUCAUAGAUACCAUCACACAUUACGGCUGGAAACACGUCAUCUACAUCUACGAUUCACAUGACGGGUUGCUGCGUCUACAGCAAUUGUACCAAAGCCUGCAGCCGGGAAACGCAACGUUCCGCAUAUCGAAUGUUAAGAGAGUGAACAACGCGAGCGACGUGGUGGUGUUCCUCGCGGCGCUCGAACGGCUUGACCGCUGGAGCAACAAAUACGUCGUUCUAGACUCCACCACACAGCUCGCCAAAGAAGCCCUCAUUCAACACGUGCGAGACGUCCAACUCGGUCGCCGGAACUAUCAUUACUUUUUAAGCGGAUUAGUGAUGGAUGACCGCUGGGAAAAGGAAGUCGCUGAAUUUGGGGCUAUUAAUAUUACUGGAUUUAGAGUCCUGGAUUUUUCUAGAAAAAUGGUCCGAGAUUUCAUCGAUGAAUGGAAACGGAACUCAAUAUCGGCUCAGGCGGCGCUGACGUACGAUGCCGUGCAAGUGUUGGUGGAUGCCAUCUUGCGGCUCCUCCGCAAGAAGCCCGACAUAUUCAGGAGCCCUAUCCGGCGCAACGCCAAUGUAAAUGCAAGCCGUAUCUUGGACUGCAACCCUAAAGGAGACAAGAUAAUGCCCUACGAACACGGAGACAAAAUAUCUAGAAUGAUCAAAAAGACGGAGAUAGAUGGCUUGACGGGCGUCGUGAGGUUUAAUGAAGAGGGCCACCGCAAGAAUUUCUCUCUGCAAGUCAUGGAGAUGACUGUUGAAGGGGAAAUGAUAAAGAUCGCAACUUGGUACGACAACAAAGGCUUUGUGCCGGUAGUGCCGAAGCUGCCGGGCCCAAGUAUCCCGGGGGUGUACAACAGAAACAAGACCUAUAUAGUGUCGACCAUAGAAGAGCCCCCCUACAUAAUGCGUCGAAACUCGGACUACGCGGAAUUCACGCCUAACGAUCCGUACAAGGGGUUCUGCGUUGACCUCGCCAAAAUGUUAUCGGAUAAGUUGGAAAUCAAGUAUGAAAUAAGAGUUGUUAAAGAUGGCAAGUACGGAAGUGAAAAUCCUAAGAUUAUAGGUGGCUGGGAUGGAAUGAUCGGUGAAAUAUUACGCAAAGAAGUCGACAUGGCCAUAGCUCCUCUCACCGUCACAGUUGAGAGGGAAACAGUAGUUGAUUUCAGUAAACCGUUUUUGUCUUUCGACAUAAAGCCGAGUCUUAAGAACAUUGCUGAUGAGCCAGGUGCCAUUUUCAGCUUCCUUGAUCCACUCUCUACUGAAGUUUGGCUCUGUUUGAUGUUCAGCGUGUUGGCUGUGACUGUGGUGUUGUUUAUUGUAUCAAGAUUCUCACCAUACGAGUGGCGAGUUGUAUCCUACACGGAUACUCAAUCUUCCGAGCACACAGAAGUUGCAACUACUAAGACUACGGUCGUCAACGAGUUCAGCUUUUGGAAUUCUAUGUGGUUCUCAGUGGGCUCCUUUAUGCAGCAGGGCAGCGACAUUACGCCGAGAUCGGUGUCUGGCAGAAUUGUAGGUACAGUUUGGUGGUUUUUCACGUUUAUUGUAAUAUCUUCGUACACGGCCAGCCUCGCUUCUUAUCUCACGCUGCAACGCAUAGCCGAGCCCUCUCAGACGUACAGCAAACUGGCAGCUUGCCCCGAGGAUACUUCUGAAGGAAUAAGGAGCAUCGCCAUACCUCGCAGUCGCCAUAGUUGGCUAAGUUAUUUACUCGACCACUCUUCUGCUGGUGACGAUGCUGAGAAACCAUGCGAGAUGUUGGUCACUGUAACAAACUCGGGUGUGAAAGACUUUGCUGUAGCUUUACAAAAGGGAUCAGAAUUACGGGAUGGCAUCAAUCUAGCACUACAAUCUCUAAAAGACGACGGUGAGCUUCAAAAACUAAUACGGAAAUGGUUUACUAAAGCGGAAUGUGACGUCACCGAACAGAAUAUGCACGUGACUGAACUGACGCUGGGUCAAGUGGCCGGUCUAUUCUACGUGCUGGUGGGCGGGCUGGCGCUGGCGCUGGGCGUGGCGCUGCUGGAGUUCUGCCAGCACGGGCGCGCGGAGGCAGCGCGCGCCAACGUGCCGCUGCGCGCCGCGCUCUCCGCCAAGGCGCGCCUCGCCUCGCGCGCCGACCACAAGCCCUCGCAUGCUCACACGCACGCCUCCAGGCAGAUGCAGCGCGAGCACGAACGACUCGGGUGGAAUGGAGGAGCCUACGCUGGAUACUACACGCCCGCCAACCAGAUCGGCCAGGAGGAGACGGCGCUGCACGCAAGCUUCACGCAGGUGUGAUCCGCGGCACGGGAGCCCGGCCCCGCGUGCCGCGCCUCCCACUCCAAGCAGUCCUCCAACGUAGAUCUCUAUCAGCUGUAGGACACUGCAGCGAGAUUCACCGAGGCCAUAGACUAGGAAUCCUCUAGACCGAGUUUAGAGAAAUUAUUUCAUGCAACCGAUGAUGCCAAAAAUGCGGGGGUGCGCGGGACGAGGUGAGCGAAGUCCCGUGCCGUUAUUGGUCCGUUCAAAGACACGGACGUCACACAAAGACACUUUCGACUCGAACAUGGAGUAAAAUUACCGUAUGCGUGGCAGAGGGGGUAGCGCGACUAUGCUAAGUCUGGUGGAUAUUUUGUCUGUGACCGAGGCCUAGCCGCAAAAUAAACGCUCAGAGCUAACUUUCAUACCUAACUAAUUCAAUGACGCCGAAAUUGUCGACUUUCAUAUGGAUAAUUUUUCUCGUAGCCAAUUAUCCACUCUCGUACCAUGCCAAUUCAGGUGGCUUCCAGUGCAGGUCUAGCAUAAUUUAUGUAUGUAUAUCUGAAUGUAUUUCAAUUCGUUAACCAAUACAUAGGUGUAACAGAUGUCGUUAGAUGCGUACUCAAAGUAAUCUUUCCUUACUUCGGAGCUUUGUGAUACUGGUGCUUUUGAGUUUUUGUUUAUCCGAUUUCACGAAAUAUUGUUAAAAUUAGCAUAGCCAAGUAACUACAUCAUAGUAAUGUAAUGCCAAUUGGGAAACUUUCUAGCCCUCUAUACAUUUUAGAUUGUAAUUCCCGUCCCGUUUAUUUCCAAAAAUGCCUGGCGGUUUUAACCGAGUAGAUAAAUAUCAGGGUCUUAAUAAUUACGUGUUUAGUAAGUAACUUUUUCAAUCAGCGUUAUAAUUUUAUAUUCAGUAAUUGUCAAGUUAUAGCAGGUAGUGAGGGGCAGAUAACAGUUAAUGAAGGCGAGUUAUCGCGGUCGGCGGCACGUUGCGCGCUAAUUACCUACCUUUCCCGUUUUUACUGAAAACAAUCUCAGAUGAAUUUAACCUUUAUUGGUAUCCUAUAAACUCUUGAAUAGUCAUUUACAUUACAAUAACUUCCUUAUAGUAAAAAGGUCAACAUUUUAAGAAAAAUAAUCGAAUUACACAACCAUAAUAGUGGUAAGAAGUCGUAAUAUAGAUGUUAGCUAUACUUAAUUAUACAAAAAUAAUGGUUUAUCUUCUUUCACGUGCGUCACAUGUUUUAUAAACUUAAAUAACUUCUGUUCAUGAUUCUAGAUUCUUGAAUAAGAAUCAAAUUAAGCAUUUAUUUUUCAGCCUAUGUAAAGUUGAUCUAAAUAAGAGACCUCUGGCUGAAUCCGCAUAAUUUAAAAAGUGCGCUUUAACUGAAAAAUGGAGAAGUGGUAAGAUGGAAUUCUAAAUUGUAAGAUAGCGGAAUUGCGUUCUUAUUUAUUAAUACACGAGGACGUCUUAUUAUAGUUAGAUAUUACUUUGCAGCGCUAGAACAGUCCUUGUGUAUUACUAAGUGGUAAUCGUGGAAGUGUGAUAAAUGAUAACUUUAUCAUUAGGUUAGCGUAGUCAACGAAUGUUUUACAUUCACGAAUAAAUUAAAUCGUAAAAUGUUUUUACAACAUUGUAAAAAUGUUCAUAAAAAAAGUAUUGUUUGGAGUUAAAAUUGUAAAUUCCAAUUACUAAAUAAAAUAGGUACUCAGAUUGUACCAUCUGCUGACUACGCUGUAGUGAAAUAAAACAGAAAUCACGUAUUAAAUUAUCAUAUCAAAUAAAUAUGUGUUAAAUAUUAUCAACAUUAUCACAUGAAAGGGCUUUCCUAACAUUACAGCUUUUUGAUAUAUUAAUAAGCGUCCGUCCUAUAAAACUGCUUACUUAUAGAACCUUUCAUUUAUAUAAAUUUAUACCUAAACUUUGAUUUAAAUAUUUUAGAUGUUUUUUGUCGAAUUAAAAAAACAAUAACAACAUUCUUGUUGGUUAGGUGUCCAACGUCGUAUUCAGUCUGAUAUUCACAUUAAUUUCACAUUAAUCUGAAAUGAACGUUCUUGCUAUGUAAGUUGCCUACAAUUAUUUAAAGCGUAUCAAUUAAGUAACAGUGGUAGCUGCUGCCGAAACUGCAAAUGAGUAGGUAUCCCUAGGUACGUAGGAGGUAGGGAUUCUUUUCUCUACAGGGAACGAAGAAAAUACAAACCAAAUAAGUCCUCCGAUAUGGAAAAAAUGAAAUACAUAUUAUAUACUUUAUUAAAGAUGUAAACAAUCAUUAAUCUCGAAAAAACAAAAAUAAAACAGACAAAUGGGUACGAAAAUUCUUUAGUGAUGUAAAAGUCUCUAAAUGUUACAUAGGUAUAAAAUAUAGUAAAAUACAUAUAUUAUUGAUUUUUCUUAACUUCCAAACACCGUUGACGUGUCCAUAAAUUAUCGUAAUACUUAAUUGAGGUGGGUGGAGAAAAUCCAAUAGCGAAUUAAAUAUCCUGUAAUAAGCGCUAUCCACACGUUGGUGCCAGACGCCAGAGCUGGUGGUUGGGAUAAGGAAAUGAUUUUGUCACGAUAAACAUUUCGUCUAUUACAACUAACUGUUUUAUAAUAUUAUUAUUAACUUUAUAUACAAAUUUUAUUUCAAUCAGUAUCGACAUGUAUUUUUAAUUAAGACAUUGUAUAUGAGAUUAAUUUUGAAAUAGCUUUUACAUUAACGUCAAUCCGAAAGUUAAUUACUGUUAGUUCGAGGUUACAAAACUAGUAGGGAGAUGAUUCGGACAGACUUGAAGUUCGAUCGGCUGACCGCGCUACAUCCGUCCGUCAACCAGUAGAACAUUUGAUUGGAACGACUCGAAGGGUUUUUAAUUAAAUUAUAUUGAAAACCGAGUGUGCAACAUUUGGCACUUUUGUUAAGGCACGAGUUCGCAUGUGGCUAUAACGCUCUUUGACUCUUAGAGCAUUUAGUAACUAGACAUGUCAUCGCUGUCAUUUUCUUUACGAAUCAGUCUGCCGAUUUUUGUGGGGGAGGAGACGUCAAAUGUAUUGCUAUUUCUACAUGAUUUGUACGUAACGUACAAAUUGCCAAUUAGCCACGUCAGUCCAUACAAAAGUUUGCACAAUUGACACAAUUGUGCAAGUUUUCUGGCAGAGGGGUACGCAGGGUACGCUCUUAUGGCGACUCCGGUUAUUAAAUGCUCUAAGUCAUUGACUUCCCGUUUGUAAUUUCCUCGUGGCAUACGGUCACUUAAACUUAAAUAUUAACUAGUAUACAUGUAUUAAAUUAAUAAACAUAAGUUAUAUGUGUUACCUAAAUGUUAUUCUUCAAAUGACUGAUUUACAUAAUCGUUUCACUAAAGUAAUCAUAAGGUAGAUAUUUCAAUAUAUGUUAUCGUUAAUAUACUCGUAACUGAGUCUAAUUAGCUAUGAUCCGAUUGAUAAUCGUAUGUUAAGAAAUAGAAUUAUGUAGUUAAGGAGGCACCUAUCAGGUGAACAAAUUUCAUUUUAUUCGAUUGAUCAUAUGAUCAUAAUUUGACGUAUAUAUUGUAAUUAAGGAUAAGUUAGUGGUGUAUUUAUUUUGUAUUAGUGUUAUGGUAAAUUUAUCUAUAUGCCAAGACUAACAUUAAUAUUUGUUAUAAUAAAAGUAAUUAAAAUUGCGUAAUUCGUCA